AUGGAAACUCAUCAAAGUCUUUCUCUCUUAUUACUCUUUCUGUCCUAUUUGUUGGCAUGCAAUGUUGCUCAACAUCAUGACAUAAGUCGGAAGGAUUUUCCACCUGACUUCAUAUUCGGAGCAGCAUCAGCUGCUUAUCAGUAUGAAGGAGCGACAGAUGUGGAUGGAAGAAAACCCAGUAUAUGGGAUACCUUCACUAAGGAUCAUCCAGAGAAAAUAGCAGAUCACAGCUCUGGAAAAAUCGCAGAUGAAUUCUAUUAUAGAUACAAGAGUGACAUCAAGCGACUGAAAGAAACGGGUUUCGACUCCUUCAGAUUCUCUAUCUCUUGGUCUAGAGUACUACCAAAUGGACGUAAAGGAGACGUAAAUCACAAGGGAGUCCAAUUUUACACAAGUCUCAUAGAAACGCUUAUACACGAGGGCAUCGAACCAAUAGUGACUAUAUUCCACUGGGAUUUGCCUCAAGCCCUAGAAGAUGAAUAUGGUGGAUUCUUGAGCCCGAAGUUUGUGGAUGAUUAUCUCGAUUAUGCGGAUUUUUGCUUCAAAACAUUCGGCCAUAAAGUGAAAAAGUGGAUUACCUUUAAUGAGCCAAUUAUUUUUACUACCAAUGGGUAUGAAUUUGGUACUUUCGCACCUGGUCGAUGUUCUCGUUAUUAUGGAAAUUGCACUAGUGGGAACUCCGGAACAGAACCUUACAUUGUGAUUCACCACUUAAUUCUUGCUCAUGCGAAAGCUGUAGACUCGUAUAGGAAGAACUACCUGGAGAGUCAAAAGGGAAUCAUAGGGAUAACAAUACAAUCUUUGUGGGCCGUACCAAAGUUUCAUACACCUGAAUGUUGCCUGGCUGCCUAUAGAGCCAUAGACUUUGGUUUUGGAUGGGUUUUUCACCCAGUCACAUUUGGAGACUAUCCAGAAACCAUGAAAUCUUUGGUGGGAGGCGGCCGGUUGCCUAAAUUUACUAAAGAAGAAUCCAAAUUAAUAAAAGGGUCAUACGAUUUCUUGGGUCUAAAUUAUUAUUCUGCAAGGAAUACAGAGGAUUCAAAUGUUUCAUGCCCCCUUACACAUCAAGGUCCCUUAUGUGAUAGUCAUGUUAAUUUCACAACUUCGAAAAAUGGUGUACCUAUUGGGAAGCAGGUUAAUGGAACGUGGAUGUUCAUAUAUCCAAAGGGGAUUGAAGAACUGUUGUUCUACGUAAAAGAAAAUUACAACAAUCCCAUAAUUUACAUCACAGAGAAUGGGCUUCCUGAUCCCCUCAAUAGUACUUCUCUCAACGAUACUGGAAGAAUAGAUUUCUAUCGCCGUCAUCUACGACGUCUCUCAUUGGCUAUUAAGGCUGGAGUCAACGUGAAGGGAUUCUAUAUUUGGACACUUCUUGAUGACUUUGAAUGGAAUUCCGGUUAUACUUAUAAAUUUGGCAUCUACCAAAUUGAACGUGAAAAUCACUUAGCAAGAAUCCCCAAAGAAUCUGAACGUUGGUUUAGACAAUUCCUCAAACCCACUCCCAGAGUCUUGAAUGAUGGCGAGCCAACUUCGUCAAUGCUCUCUACAGCCUAAUUAAAGCAAGAAAUACGUAUAAUCUGAACAAUAUAUAUAUAUAUAUAUAUAUAUAUGUAUUUUAAAUAAGGGCUGAGUGUGGAGAAGAAACGGUAUUUGUAUGUUUAAAAAGCUACUUUGAGUUUCAGUGUGUGAGAAUAAUAUUAUCUAUUAUGUUGUGUUGAUCA